AUUCCAGCAGCUGCGUUAUCUUCUAUUCCUACGAAUCUCUGCAAAGACAAGUUAUGUCAACAGCUACUUUAAUUAAUUUGGUACGAAACGGAGGGUAUCAAGUAAGAAGGAGAGCUGUGCUGACGUCCCGCCUCUUACAAGAGGAGAAGCGUCCAACAGCUGCGUGCUACAGCUCCACCUCCGAGCGCAGGGCUUCCCGCUUUGAUCCAGACGGGAGCGGGCGACCUACCACAUGGGACACCUUUGGCAUCUGGGACAAUCGAAUUGAUGAACCUAUUCUCCUCCCACCGAGCAUAAAGUAUGGGAAACCAAUUCCAAAAGUCAGCCUGGCCAAAGUGGGCUGUGCUAGCCAUAUCGGGAAGCGGAAGGAAAACGAAGACCGGUUUGAUUAUGCUCAGCUGACAGAGGAUGUCCUAUACUUUGCAGUGUACGAUGGACAUGGUGGGGCAGCAGCAGCAGACUUCUGCAAUAAGUACAUGGAAAAAUAUAUUAAAGAAUUUCUUGCUCAGGAGGAGAACUUGGAAAAUAUUUUGAACAAAGCUUUUAUAGAAAUAAACAAAGCAUAUGAAAGGCACGCUCAUCUGUCUGCUGAUG